AUGUCGCUGCAGCAAAAAGUUCUUAACAUAGCCUCACAUCGUCAUCGUUGGCCCUUUCUUGCACGUUGUUUCAAACAUUCUGUUGCUGUUCAAAUAGGAGAUGGAAACCCAUUGGUGUUUACCACUGGUCAUAUGGCAAGGUUUGCAUCCGGUGCUGUGGUCGCUUCAGCUGGUGACAGUUCGGUUCUGAGCACAUGUGUCUUUCGAGGAACAGUGGGUGAAUUUCAGCCUGGUCAAGAUUUUCUUCCGCUUCUUGUCGACUUCAAGCAAAGUGCUGCCGCAGUUGGUAAAAUCCCAACUAACUACUUGCGCCGUGAACUUGGACAGACCGAUGCUGAUAUCCUUGCUUCCCGAGUCAUCGACAGAUCUCUUCGCCCACUUUUUCCAGAAUCCUGGAGAAACGAGACGCAGAUAGUAGUGAAACCUUUGGCAGUAGAAGACGAAGGAGACGUUGUUUUGCUGGGUUUGAAUGCUGCAGCUUCAGCGCUUCAUCUGUCGGCGGUUCCUUGGCUUGGUCCUGUUGCAGCUGUACGUGUUGCUCUUGUAGAAGACAAGCUGCUCUUAAAUCCUACACGAUCACUGAUGAGGCAGUCUAGACUUGACAUGCUCCUUACUGGCUGCGGAGAUCGGCGAACCGUAAUGAUAGAAAUGGACGGAGAUCAAGUACCAACGGAACGACUAGAGGCAGCUGUUGAUGAGGGAUUAAAUGCUGUAGAUAAAGUAAUAGCUGCUAUGGAUGAGCUGCGACGUCAAUCUGGGAAGGAAAAAACAGCGCUCUCAAAACUCAGAUUUCCCCAGGAGUUGGAAAAUGAAGUGAGAGCACUUUGUGAAGAACGUUUGUACUAUAUUUUGUCUGAUCCGACUCAUGACAAAAUUUCGCGCGAUGAAGCGAUUAAAGAUGUUGGAGGUGAUGUACUGACAUCUAUCAAGGGUGCUGAUCAAUCCAUGCUACAAGCCAUAUUCCGGAAACUCGUGAAGAAGGUGUUGCGUGAUUUGAUUCUCGAUAAUAAUGUACGUUGCGAUGGGCGAGGAAUAAAGGAAUUCCGACCUAUAACCAUCAGUGUAGAUGUUUUCAAGCGUCUACAUGGCUCAUCUUUAUUUCAGAGAGGUCAAACGCAGGUGAUGUCUACGGUCACAUUCGAUAGCCCUGCAGCAGCUUUCCAUUCGGAUUCGAUUUCGCAGAUAUUGGGUAGCCAAAGAAAGAAGAUGUUUAUGUUACAUUAUGAGUUCCCUAGUUAUGCUACAAAUGAGAUCUCAUCUUCUCGAGGUGUCAACCGUAGAGAACUAGGACAUGGUGCGCUGGCAGAAAAGGCCCUCAAACAUGUGAUCCCUAGCGAGUUUCCGUAUACCAUCCGUCUUGCUUGCCAAGUAUUGGAGUCGAAUGGCUCUUCGUCAAUGGCGUCUGCAUGCGGAGGAACGUUAGCCCUUUUGGAUGCAGGUGUUCCAUUAUUGGCACCAGUAGCGGGUGUGGCCAUAGGGCUAGUAACCGACGAAAAUUCAAAGAGACCUCACAAAAUCCUCAUGGACAUUUCGGGAAUAGAAGACUAUGCAGGUGAUAUGGAUUGCAAGAUUGCAGGUUCAUCUCUGGGAUUUACGGCAAUGCAGCUUGACGUCAAAGUUCAUGGCCUAUCUCGGCAGCAACUUACUGAAGUAUUUGCUAGAGGUAGAGACGGAAUCAGCUAUGUGCUAAGUAAAAUGGCUGUGAUAUUGGAUAAACCACGGGCGGAGUUCAAGCCUACUGUACCAGUUUUUGAGUCUAUGCGUUUGGAUGCUUACAAAAGGCAAGCGUUGUUUCGGGCUGGUGGAAUGCACGCAAAAACGAUUGAAGCUGAAACAGGAGUAAAGAUUUCUCAUGAAGAUGAUGUUCAUAUCAAUUUGUUUGCACCCAACAAACAACGACUUGGAGAUGCAAAAGCUCUCAUGAUGAAGUUGCUAGCCGAGACGGAUGAGCCCGAGUUCACCUUCGGUCAAAUGGUACCAGCUGAAGUUGUUGACCUGUUGGAAAAAGGAGCGAUGUUGAGACUCGGCGGUGCAGGGCGCCCCAUUUUUGUGCCAAAUUCACAACUACACUCCGUUCCUAUUCGACAUUCCUCAGCUAGUGGACUUCAGAUCGGUCAAAAAACAACGGUGCAGUGGUUGGGACGUGAUGUAGACACGGGCCAAAUUCGUCUUUCCCGUAAAACAAUAGCAUCGGUAGAUUUGCCGACCAGAACUCCUCGAAAAUAG